AUGACAAGUCCGCUCUCCUCUCAGAUGAAUGUUGAUGCAGUUCCGAGGAUCCUGUGGGGCCUCGGAGUUCCGCCCGUCGUCUCCCUCUCGCCCUCGGGCAAGUACGUCGCCGACUUCGCCUUCUUCGACAAGGUGGCCAAGACCAAGGCGCCGCCCGUCUUCAAGCAGGCCCCGCCGGCGCCGGCGCCACAGUCCAGCCCUCGGUCGCCGCGCCACAGCGGCACUGGCCUCGGGAGGACGGGGGUGGACGAGGGGGGUGACCCGGAGAAGAUGCGCCUGGAGGAGAGCUACCGGGAGGACAGGGAGCGGGGGAGGGAGAGGAGUGGACGAGUGCGAGACAGCAGUCCUCUCAACGUUCGCAUCAGCAAUGUGUAGAGAGAGAGAGAGAGACAGAAGAGAGAGAGAGAAAGAGACUAAGGCCCCAUUCAGACCGCAAACGUGGCAGCUGCGUGUCAGCUGCGUGACCUGUCCGUUUUCAUUUCGCUGCCCAUGUUAACAGGUUAGAACGUGCACGCUGCCUGCGCGACACGCCACGUCUCAGGCGCAGCUCGAGCCACGCUGAAAACGUGUGUGUGCCAGAAAUGUUUUCCACGCGACAUACGAGCGUGUCGGAAGCGUUUCCAUUCUAAAGAGACAGUGAAGAGAUGUUGUAAUAGGCAACAUGGCUGCAGCAGCCCCGCAUCAGAGACGUUUCUGGUAUGAAUGCACAUAUAAAAUGCGACGCAGCAGCCAUGGAACAAACACGCAACGCACACGCCACGUCGGCAGUCUGAAUAAGCCCUAAGAGGUACACUGUAGCAUGAGAGAAACGAGAGUCCAAAUGCGGAAAAAAGAGAAGGUGGUUGGGUGUCUUUCGAUGAGAUGACUAAAACUGAAUAUAAAAACAUCUACAGUAGUCUCAGGAUGAAGGGUGAGAGAGAAAGAGUGAUAAAUAGUGAAAGAAAAGAGAGAGAGAGAGAGGGACUUACAGAGUGAAUGAAAGAGUGGAAAAAGCGUGGGUGAACUUAGACAUAAACAAGAAGCGAAUCAAAGGUUACAUGUACUUUGUCAUUAAAGUUCAGCUGCUUUAUAUAACACUCACAGGUACACAUAUGUAGACAUAUACUGGCACACACACACACAGACACACACACAUACAAUACACAACCCUUUGCAUUUACACAUUGACGGGAUAUGAAUGAAUCUAUGGUCACUCACUGGAAGCUGUGGAGAUUGUCACGGAAUCUUUGCCAGAGCGAGUUGGCUUCUGAAGGACUCCGAUCUUGUAAAUGUUUCAGAAUUUAUCUGUAUUUUUGUCUACUCUCACAAGAAAUAUGUAAUUCUGUGGGGACUGAAAAUGCCAGUUUGUGGCUUGUCGACUGAUCAAUUUGGAUAUGAAUAUGACAAAAAAAAAACAAGAAAAAUCAGUUGUUAACCACUGUAGACUGUAGCCGAUGACUUUUGCAAAGGUACUCUACGUGUUCUGUAGAUCUGGCACUGAAAUACUGGAGCCUGGUUGUUACUGUAAGCCUCAUAUCUUGAAGGAUCUGUGUUGGAAUCUAUGUGUUAUACUGUAUAUCUUUAUUUGUAUCUAACAGUGCCAGUUGAAAGAGUUCUCACCCGUGUGUAGAUAUAGUUCUUCUACUUCUAGGCUAGGCCUGCUUAUAGUGGGAACUGGGUUGACUGGGUGGGUUUUUGUUGUAUGUUAACAGUACUAAAAGCACUUUAACUCAUUGAAGAAAGGGAACUUUAACAUGCAUUAUGUGUGAGGUGGGACUAACCUGCUGUGGCAUAGCUGCCUUCUCUCUCCCUUUGUGUGUGAUUGUGUGUGCGUGUGUGUGUGUGUGUCUGUGUGUGCGUGUGUGUAUUGUGUGAAUGUGUUUGCUUACUGUAAGAGUGCCUAUUUGUUUGUUUGUACACGGAUGGUUGUUUGUAUGUAGGUAUGACCACCCUCCCUCCUGAGUAAAACGGCACAAUAAAUAAAUAUAGUACAUUCUCACUUUUUAUUCUGACAACAUACUGAGGAACUGUACCACCCUCAUAGAAACCAGGGUUCUGCAAAAUUCAGAAUUUAAUUGAGAAUAAGUCCAAUUCUUGAAUUUGAAUUGAGGUCAAAAAUAGGAUCUGGAAUUACAAUUUGAAUUUGAAUUAAAGGAAGUAGAAUUGCAAUUCAAUGAGAUUCAAAGAAAUGCAUAUGCAUGUUUAAGUGUAGUGUUUAACAAUGAAGGAUUACAGUCCAAAUAAAGUAAUUCAAACUACAUUUAUAAUGGGUAACAGUAACCAAUUACAUUUCCAAGGUAAGCUUCCCAACACUGAAUGUAUGUGAGAUUCAACACAUUUUUUCUGUUAUGUGACUAUGUGGAAUUUCUUUGAAUUGCCAUGAAUUGAAUUCCACUUCCUGUCAUUCCAAUUCCAAUUCCAACUCAAAUCCAACUUCCUGUUGGGCGGAGCCAAUUCAAUUCAAAUUAAAUUCUUAAAUUCUGAAUUUUGCGCAAGCCUGAUAAAAACAUGCGUUAAGGGUAUCCCUGGAUCAAUACAGUAGACUGAGUGCAGACUUGUGUUCCAUAAACUCUGUGUCAAAUUCAGAAAAUGGUUCCUCACUGUCCUACAAUCUCUACAACCAUCAUAGCAUUGCAUGCAACUUUGCAUGUAUUGGAAUAUCACAAGACACGGAAUUCAAAAGUCUUGACAAAAUAUUCCAUCAGCCAUGUUAUGACUGAACUUAUGACUAAAGUUAAGUAUAAUAAAGUCAAAUAUAGUUCAUAUUCCCAAAUGCCUAACUGCAUAACCUCCGUACAGGUACAGGCUGCCACCAUUCUUCCUGCCAGUUUACAACUCAAAAUCAUAAUUUUAUUUUUUUAACAUUUUUUGACAAAAGAAAUGUAUGUUUGUAAUGGUACAUGUGAUGAAUAUAUGUGAAUAUGAUUUGGCAAAGUGUUAAUUUUGUGGGCUUGGUGAACUGGUCUGAGAUGAAAUGUUUUGCUUCAUGUAACAGUAUGGUAAUAUAUGAGAUGAAAUGUUUUGCUUCAUGUAAGAGUAUGGAAUUGUACGUGAUGUUAUCCCGUAGAGUUCCCUUUAAAAAACAACUGGAAUUACAUUUAUUUUUUUUCUUAACAGCUAAUUAUAUCAAGUGCCUAUUUUGGAAAUAAACUGUUUGGAGGAAA